AUUUUCUUCUAUUCUAUUCUCUUUUUUUAGAUACAUGAGGUCAUCUGUGUGCUCUUGUAUCAACUAAACUCCAGGCUAAUUCCAACAGAGGGCCUAUGGUCGACACUGUCAGAUUCCUUCUUCCGAACCGUGGUGAAAGCAUUCCACUCCGUGUCAGCAGAGUACCUUCAGCAGAUGGCAGUCAAACGAUGUGAUCAUAGAAAAUCAUUAAAGAAGAAUUUUGGGGUUCUGAAAAGGCUUUAUGAUGCGAACAGCAAGAGACGCAGAAGAAUUACAGUUGACACUUUCCAUAUCAACAAAAUCAGUUCUCUCUUUCAGUCUAAGCUGGUACAAGACUUAAAUUCAGAACUGAGAGAGCUGGUCUGGGAUAUCUCAGGAGAGGAUGACACAUAUUGGAUUGAAAGUGGGAUGAUAUUGAGCAAAAUAGAAUGUUAUAAGGAUAACAUAUUAUGCCUCCUGAAGAACUACCCCUGUAUCCUGGACACUGAAGCCAAAUGUACAGUGUGGAUGUAUGAAUUUGAUCAGAUCAAAGAUUGUCAUGAGGACAUCGAAUACGGUUGGUUUUGUGACGGCACCCUAAAGGUGGCUCGGGAAACACUUCUGGAUGGUACCUUUCAGCAACUACGGAAAAUGAUUUGCCACAUGGUGGCUUUAAAGGUGAAGUUUCAAGCAGAGGAUGGUGUGGAUGAAGGUGCUGUUUCACUGGAAUUCUUCAGCCUCCUGGGAAGGGAACUUCUCACAAUGGAACCAAAGACACUGGAGGUUUACGAGUCUGGACUAGCAUGGUUCACAACAUCUGACGGCGGUAUCACUGAUGAAUUCUACUUACUUGGGCUGCUCUGUGGGAAGGCACUGUAUAAUCAGUGUGUUCUGAACCUCUGCUUCCCUCUGGCUCUCUUCAAGAAGCUUCUGGGUCUGACUACAACAUUGGAUGACCUUAAAGAGCUGUCGCCAACUGAAGCAAGUGGCUUGCAGUAUGUGUUGGAUGAAGAUGAGGAGGCUGUUGAAGUGCUGGAUUUGGUUUUCAUGGACAAAGGGCAAGAACUGAUACCAAAUGGAGAGGAGCUCCCAGUUACCAUGGUCAACAGGAAGAAAUAUGUUGACUUGUACGUUGACAUGAAGCUCAACAAGUCAGUGCAGUGCCAGUUUGCAGACUUUGAGAAAGGCUUUCACAAAGGCUGCCCUACACAGACAUGGAGGAUGUUUCUACCCGAGGAGCUGAUGACACUUCUACAAGGAGAUGACAACUACGAGUGGGACAAGUUGAGAGAGAAUGCCAACUAUCAAGGAUAUAGGCCCACAGAUGACAUCAUCCAAAACUUCUGGAGUGUUUUCACAGAGUUCUCAGAGGAGGAAAAGAAGAAGUUCCUAAGUGAGUUGACACAAUUAUGAUUAACUAACUUCAAUGGGGCAAUCUGCAGUUGCUACAUCCAUUUUUGGACUUACAAAUGAAUGUACCCAUUGAUCCUUGGAGAAUAUACAGUUGAAGUCGGAAGUUUACAUACACCUUAGCCAAAUACAUUUAAACUCAGUUUUUCACAAUUCCUGACAUUUAAUUCUAGUAAACAUUCCC